GGGAAGAAAAGGUCCGGCAAAAAAGGGCGGGCCAAAUCGCAACGGAAUGGACGCGUGUCGAUCACGACUCGCGUGCGCUAUCCCCGCGAGGGGAAGGCGAACUCCCGUCGAGAGUCCGCCGGCGGCCGGACGUCUGUCUCUGCGCAUAAUUCCAGCAAGUCUACGCCUGGCUGGGCUGGCCCGCCUCUGUGGAGCGACGGGUGGUGGGGUUGAGCCGUUCGACGCAGCCUCCUUCGAGGCGGAACGCCUGCGUCUCGACGCCGAGGCACGGCGGUCGAUGGCCGAAGUUUCUUCACGGGUGGCGGCGGAGGAAGGGGCGGUGGACGGCGAGGACCCUAGGGCGUGGAAAUGGAGGAUUAGGAAGAGGAUUUGGGAUCUAAUGGAGAGGGAGAACAUCGCUCGGGACCCUCGGCCAGUCCAUCAUCGCAUACCGAACUUCGCGGGAGCGGCUACGGCCGCGAGCAUGAUGGCGGAACUGGACGAAUUCAGAAGAGCGGGUUGUGUAAAAGUAAAUCCAGACUCGCCUCAGAAACAAGUGCGUUUUCUUACACUUUCAGGUGGUAAGAAGUUGUUGACACCUCAGCCACGAUUGAGGACUGGCUUUUUCUCAAUUUUGGAUGCUGGGAUGGUUGCUUCUGGUGCUAUUAAUGAAGCUUGUACUUCUGUAGGAGUUGCCAAAUAUGGUAGGGCCAUUGGUUUGGAUGAAAAGUUAAAGGUGGACCUUAUUGUGAUUGGUUCUGUUGCAGUUGAUCCAAAGACAGGGGCACGUCUUGGAAAGGGAGAGGGUUUUGCAGAACUUGAAUAUGGUAUGUUGCGUUAUAUGGGAGCAAUAGAUGAUUCGACCAUGAUUAUCACAUCUGUACAUGACAAACAACUGGUGGAUGAUAUUCCAGUGGAAAAGCUCCUGGUCCAUGAUGUUCCAGUUGACAUCGUCUGCACACCAACUCAGAUAAUUUACACUAACACAACAAUCCCGAAACCACAAGGCAUUUAUUGGGAAAAAUUGUCUCCCGAGAAGCUUGGACAGAUUUGCAUCCUUCGAGAAUUAAAGAGUCGAAUUGAACAAGAGACGGGGCAGAAACUUCCCUGUGGACCUUCUGAGAAACUCCCUCCCACAGCUCAAAGGGCUCAAAGGAAUCGAAGGUACCAGAGGAGAAACCAGAAGUAGGUGUUGAUAAGAUCGGAACUUGUUUAGGUGGUCGUAGAAAUGUGCAUUGCUAGUUAAGGAUCACAGGGAAUCAUGUACUCUACCCUUUCACUGAAGACUUAGUUCCUAUUGGCUAUUAGAGAUUGUGUACCAUCUUGAAACUGAGAAUUCUAAUGGGGAACUUUGUAGAUAUGGCCAUACGUGCCUUCGAGGAAUGGAUGUGGUGCCGCUAAGACUAUGGACCAGAUCAUGGCAGUUCUAGAUGAACUCGUCCCAUAUCAUGAUGUGGUUGUAACAGAUUUGGUAGAAUAAAAAAAGCAACUUAUUUACUUGUUCCAAAA